AUGUCACAAUCACAACAUGGAAGAGCCAUAUCCGACGAAGCUCAAGCAAUUGAGAACGAGAUCGCCGACCUCGAAAGACGCCUGGCUGAAGCCAAACUGAAACAGAGACAGGCUCAGCAACAGCGCAACAGCACACAAGAGUCUGAACCAAAUGUGAUAUCAUUCCCCUCCCCCUCCCAAACCAUCCUCCACUCCCCAGCCAACCACUUCCUCCUCCUCCUCUCCGACUCCGCGCUCCCUCUAGGCUCCUUCGCCUUCAGCAGCGGUCUCGAAUCCUACCUCGCCCACAACAAACCUUCUUCCUUUUCCCCUUCCCCUUCAUCUUCAAAACCACCCAGGACCAAACCCCCACCGCCCUCCUUCACCUCCUUCCUCCCGCUCUCCCUCUCCUCCUACGCCUCCACCACGCUCCCCUACGUCCUCGCCGCCCACCGCGACCCGGCCCGGCUCGCCUCCCUAGACGACACCCUCGACGCAACCAUCGUCUGCACCGUCGGCCGGCGGGCUUCGGUCGCCCAGGGCCGAGCGCUGCUUUCCAUCUGGGAACGCUCCCUUUCCGCGUCGCUACCGCCUUCCUCUUCUGCUUCUGCUGGAGCGGCUGCUGCUGCUGCUGCUAUUUUGAAGCCGUUUUCGGCUUUACUGAGAUCUGCAGGGGCGGCGGCACCGACUUCGUCUUCCAGCAGCGUCAACUCAUCGACAUCAACAUCGACAGGAAGCAGCAGUGGGUGGAACGACCCCCCACCCGUCUCGGCCCACCUCCCGCCCCUAUUCGGUGCCAUCUGUGCCCUCGUCGGGCUCUCGCUCGAGCAGACGGCGUACGUCUACCUGCUGAGCCACGUCAAGGCGCUGGUGAGCGCGGCGGUGCGGGCGGGUAUGUUUGGCCCUUAUCAGGCGCAGAAGACGCUGGCGCGUAGACAGGUGCAGGAGAUAAUUGCGGCGGUGGUGGAGAGGGAGUGGGAGCGGGGCGUGGAGGAGGCGGGGCAGAGCGUGCCGGUUAUGGAUUUGUGGGUGGGUAGGCAUGAGGUGCUUUAUUCGAGGAUUUUUAAUGGUUAA